AUGAAGGGUCGUCUCUUGGGAAACAUGUCCGACAAGCCCGUGUGUGUGAGUGAUUUUGAGCAGCAAGCUAAAAUAAUCUUACCCAAAGCAGUAUUUGAUUAUUAUUUCUCUGGAGCAGAUCAGCAGGAAUCACUAGCUGAUAAUGUAGCAGCUUUCAAAAGAUGGCGCUUGUUCCCACGCGUGCUUAAAGAUGUGUCCAAGGUGGACAUGUCUACCACUGUGCUGGGACAGAGCGUGAGCAUGCCUGUGUGUGUAGCAGCCACUGCAAUGCAGAGGAUGGCUCACCCUGAAGGAGAGACUGCUACUGCCAAAGCUUGUUUGUCUGCUGGCACGGGUAUGAUGCUGAGCUCCUGGGCCACCUCUACCAUAGAGGAAGUAGCAGAAGCAGCCCCGGCUGGCGUGCGCUGGUUGCAGCUCUACAUUUACAAAGACCGAGCACUGACUCAGUCUCUAGUCAAGAGGGCUGAAGAGGCAGGGUAUAAGGGUAUCUUUGUCACAGUGGACACACCUUAUCUUGGCAAGCGGCGUGAUGACGUGCGCAAUCGCUUCAAGCUGCCCUCUCAUUUGAGAAUGGCCAAUUUUGAAACGCCUGAUUUAGCAUUCUCAUCAAAGGAGGGCUACGGGGAGGACAGCGGCCUGGCAGUGUAUGUGGCUCAGGCCAUAGAUCCCACACUGAAGUGGGAGGACAUUGCUUGGCUAAAAAGAAUCACUUCCUUGCCUGUGGUGGUUAAAGGAGUUUUGAGAGCGGAAGAUGCCAGAGAAGCUCUGAAAUACGGUGUUGAUGGGAUACUCGUGUCAAACCAUGGAGCAAGACAGCUUGAUUGUGUUCCAGCCACCAUCGAUGCCUUGCCUGAGAUUGUGGAGGCCGUGGGUGGCAGAGCAGAAGUUUAUCUGGAUGGAGGCAUACGCACAGGCACAGAUGUGCUCAAGGCCCUGGCGCUGGGGGCAAAGGCUGUGUUUGUAGGAAGACCCAUCCUGUGGGGCCUGGCCUGUGAGGGUGAGAAAGGUGUCAGAGAUGUGCUUCAGUUACUACAAGAGGAACUUCACCUUGCAUUAGCUCUUACAGGGUGCCGGUCUUUGAAGGAAAUCAAUAGAACCCUUUUGAGAAGAUCUGAGCAAAUCCCAAGGCUCUGA